AUGCUCACGAACGAGAACAUCGAAGCCUUGUGGGAGGUCUUCAAGCAAUUUGAUCUCAAACGCGAAGGCUUGAUAAGCAGACAAGCUUUUUUCGAGGGCAUCAUCCAGGAGGAAAGGAACGAGUUUGGAAACGCGAUAUUUACGCUCGUCGACCCUGAAGACGAAGAGACUUUAGAAUUUGGAGAGUUUGUGCAGGCAGUUUGCACGUUUUGCUGUUUUUGCGUGACGGACAUGCUCAAGUUUUGCUUCAUGGUGUACGACAAGGACCGAUCCGGACUCAUGGAAAUGGAAGAGCUUCAUCAUUUUAUCAAGGUGCUUCACAGUUCCAACGUGACAAACAACAUCCAGGGUGCCAUGUCACACUUGCAGCUGGACGAGCAUGGCAGACUUCCAUUCGAUAGUUUUAAGAUCAUGAACAAGAACUUUCCUCAAGUUCUCUAUCCCGUAUUUCGGCUGCAGCAAUCGACACAACGAGCUAUCUUGGGGAACAAAUGGUGGAAGAAAAAGAUGUGCACCUAG